AAGAAUGUUUUACUUUCACAAUCGGCAGCCACCACGUUGAACCGUGCUGGGGAACCCCGCUGGGAUUUUUUGCCAGGAGGAUCGUGGCUUCUAAGGGGACAUGGCGGACACAAAAUUGAGAGAAGUGCGAACGCAGUUUGUGGCGAAGGUGAACAAAGCUGUCAUCUACGGAGUCUUGGAUGACCUGCAAGAAGAACAGGUCUUGAACGAGGCAGAGACGGAAGAGGUGAAGCAGCAAUCUACUCUGACGCAGGAACAGGCCAGAAUGUUGAUCGACGGCGUCAGGAGGAAAGGCCCCAGUGCCAGCCUCAUUGCCAUCAAGUGCCUCUGCUCCCGAGAUGCCUUCCUGGCUGAAGAGCUGGGCCUGAAAGCUUUCUUGGCAGAGCCACAAGGCCACCAAACAAAGAUUCUCCCUGAGCCCCUCCUUCACAUUCAGAAGAAUGCACCCACCAUGAUGCAUGAUUAAGAACAGAGCUGGAAGGAAACCUAAGGUAGUCCUGCUGCACUCCUGAAAGACCCUGGCUGAGAGAAUCUCUGAAGGCUUCCAGUUAUUUCAUGUUGGGAAUUAAUUUUGUUUUUGUAUAAUGCUGAAUAAAAGUCUAACAACUA